CUGUUGGUUCACCAAUGGCCGCUGUGUGUAAGGUUGUCUAACAGAGGGUCUGGUGACUUGUAUCAAUAGAUUGAUUGCAAGCGACGACAGCAAUGUCAACGGGACUUCUGGAGAUGGUAAGCGAUUCCUGUGUCACUCUCUGUGGAAUAUUUUGAAAGAUCGGAGCGAGGAAACGACAGUCUGAAGAUGUCCUCGUGGAUUCUGGCAUCAGGUCUUGUGUUGUGUAAUCUCGUUGUUCCCGGUCUCGCUGGAGGCGGUAACACGUGGAGCUAUGAGGGACAGUUGGGUCCUGCCCACUGGUCAGUGGACUACCCUGAGUGUGGCGGAUUCAGCCAGUCGCCAGUGGACGUAGACACUUCACUGGUCAUGCUCGACUCAUCUCUAACCCACUUCAAUUUGACACAGCUUAGCAAGACCAAGAAUGUCACCAUGUUGCUGGAAAAUGUACAGGGGCAUACAGUGGAGGUUCACCUGAGCGGGGAAGAGAUAAAUGUCGAAGGGGGAGGUCUAGACACAUCCUAUGGGGUGAAGCAGUUUCACUUCCACUGGGGAGCUAAGGAUGAAAGGGGAUCGGAGCACACCAUCAAUGGCAGACACUUCCCUAUGGAGAUGCAUAUUGUGAUGUACUCGCACAAGUACUCCAACAUCGACAACGCCCUGACUAAACGAAAAGGGUUAUCUGUCCUCGGAUUCUUUUUCAGGGUGGGCAAAACAAAUGCAAACUUCGAUAAACUGCUGAAUUAUUUCGAUCAAAUUGAACACAGUGAGGACACGUAUUCUAUACCGACGUUCCCUAUCAUGACACUGCUGCCGGAGGACUUUCACGGAUUCUAUCGCUAUGAGGGCAGCUUAACCACUCCGCCGUGCUCGGAAACAGUGCUGUGGACGUUGUUUACAGAAACCAUAGAGGUAGCCGAGGAACAGUUGGAGAAAUUCCGGCAUAUAAAGCGGACACAUAUAGGAGAGAGAGACCAGUAUGUCACCGACGUCUUCCGGCCGCUUCAGCCCCGUAACAGCCGGGUCGUCACGACAAAUUACGCCAACGCCAUCUACAAUGACGCCGACCGGAUAUCGUCUGCUUGGAUCUAUCUGCUUGUUCUGUUUGUCGGGAUUAUUGGCACCAGUAUGUGAUGAUAUUUUAUGAAAAAGAUUUUUUUUAUACCAUCCACAUGAGGAAUAAUUUUAUAGAAACCAUUUAAAAAAGAUUUGAAGCGACUGUGGCCUUAUGUAGAAACGGAGUAAAACGACUUUUUAUCACUAUGAAUUAUGUGACGAAAUGGAUAAUAUUUAUAUAUAUUUUAUUGCCUGUCUUCCGGUGUUGUUAAUUAUUAUUGUUACUCAGUCAGUUUGAUAUCUUUUCUGCCUAUUUAAUUUAUAUAAAUAUACGUAUUCAUAUAUAUGUAUGACUUAUAAAACAGAGCUCUCUA